AUGGCCGACGAGGGCUUCGACGCGCGGAAGGCGGCGGUGCUGGCGGCGCUGGCGUCGGUGGAGCGCGACAAGUCGCUCAAGGGCGGCCUGGAUGCGCCGAUCGCGGAUCUGGUGGCGGAAAUCAACGGCCACGAUGAUCUCUUCACCACCAGCUCGUGCUCCGGCCGCAUCUCGCUGCUCCUCGAACCGCAUGACACCGCCGCCGCCGCCGCCGCCGCCGCCGCCGCCGCCGCCACCGCCACUGCCGCAGCCGCUCCUGCUGCUUCUGGUGGUGCUGGCGCCGGCACCGCCGGUGCUGCUACUGCUGAAAUAGAAAGAGGAGGGGAAGGAGUUGCGGCGGAUAGCGCGGGCGCGGCGAAGCGAGUGAAGAAGAAAGCGAGGGGCGGCGAGUGGCUGUUGGUCAGCCAUGACCCCAUCGAUCCUGCCGACCUCGUUACUGCCGUCUUCAGUACAAGCACUGCCCACGCGGAUGCCGACGUCAGCAACAGCAACAGCGCCAGCAGCAGCAUUAUCACCCCCGUCACCUGCGCAUCUCCGCCCGCUCUCCCCGGCGAGCUGGUGUUUCGCUUCGAGCCGCUCAUUCUCGCCCUCGAGUGCCGCUCCCUCGCUGCCGCUCAAGCCCUCGUGUCCUGCGCCAUCCGCGCGGGUUUCAGAGAAUCAGGCAUCACCAGUGUGAGCGCAAAGCGCAUCAUCACGGCCGUCCGUUGCUCCAUCCGCCUCGAGACACCGCUGACGGCUGGCGGCGUGCCGUUGGUGGGCGAGGCGUACGUGCGCCAGCUGGCGGCGGUGGCCAACGGCAAGAUGGCGCUCAACCGCGAGCGCACCGAGCGGUUCCAAGCGCGGUUUAAGGAGGAGCCAAUCCUCCCCACCCUUGAGACGUCUCAAAACACUCCUUCUUUCACGUGGCAAGGGGACAGCCAAUCCUCCCCACCCUUGAGACGUCUCAAAACACUCCUUCUUUCACGUGGCAAGGGAAAAGCAGCACGGCGCAGCUCAAAAGGCCAGCAAGAGGCAGCGAAUGGCCAGCUGGCGCAGCAGCAGGGCAACCAGGUGGCACAACGCCAGGUGGCACAACGCCAGGUGGCAGUGCUGCGGAGAGUAGGGGAGGUGGAGAGGCGGGUGCUGGAGCUGCUACGAGGUGGUGUGGUUGGGGAGGCACCGCCUUGCACCGCUCUGACAGCACCUGAACCUGCUUCCACAGGGGCCUCUGGGCAUCCCGCACUGGCAGGCGCAGGUGCAGGUGCAUGCAUGGCGCCGUACCCAUUGCAGGACGUGGCAGGUGGUUGCUGCAGCAGCGCAUGGGAUAUGCCCACAGGAUCACAAGAAACGCAAGCAUCACAAGAAUCAGAAGAAUCAGCUCAUGGAUUGGAUGGAUUCUUCCUGCCAGGAAGCAAGGCACAGGGCGGGCAGCUGCGUGGGCAGGUGGUAAAGGUUCUGGGUCUGCCCGAAGGCAGCCUUUUGCGGUGGGGCCAUUCAGCUGUGACGGUUGUGGGAGCUGUGGGCGCAGUUGUGGGAGCUGUAGGCGCAGGAGGGGCUGGAGCAACAGAUGGAGGUUCAGUAGUUGCAGGGACGUCCGAAGCAGAGAAAGCAAGAGGAGAGACAGCAGGGACAGCCGUGGUGGUGUUUGGAGGGUUCGGGGGGAGUGGGGUGCACAGCAGGCGAGGGGACGUGGUAGUGGUAACAAUGAGAGGGAGAGCGGUGGCGGGAGGGGGUGGAAGCAAGCGGGAAGGGGAGAGGGGGGUCAUGGUGGAAGGGCGUGUUGUGGAAACAAGGGGAAGCGGGCCGAGCCCUCGCAUGUGGCACACUGCCACUGUGGUUAGAGUGGGGCAAGGGAGGGGAGCGGUGAGCGGGAGCGGAGCGGAGGCCAAGGGAGCAGAGAGUAGUGAGGCGAGUGAUAGAGGAGAGACAAAGGAGGAGGAGGGCGAAGGGGAGGAGGGGGAGGAGGGGGAAGAGGGGGAGGAGGAGAUGGUGGUGUUAGGAGGCAGGCAUGGUCCCACAGCUGCCCUCGCUGAUGUCUUCUCCCUCAAUCUCCGCUCCAUGACGUGGCGCCAUACGGCAGCACCAGAGGCACCGUCUGGAGAGGCUACAGCAGCAACUGCAACUACAGCUACUACCCCUGCUUUACCAGAAGCAAUUGCUGCUAUAUCUGGUACAGAUGCUACUGCUGCUACAGCUGCUACAGGUGCACCCGUGGCAAGGUAUCGCCAUGCAGCAGCAGCACUGCGGUCAUCGGUCUUUGUCUUUGGAGGCACGUCCCAUCCCCACGCCCCUCCCCUCACCUCCCUUCAGGUCUUUUCCGCCCGGUCUUUUUCCUGGCUGCCCGACCCCGUGGCAUCCGGGCAGAUGCCUGCUCCUCGCCACUCCCAUGCCAUGGCUACGGUCGGCCCGGAAAUUGUUCUAGUGAACACCGCAUCCAAUGAGGUGUCUCGAAUCCCCGUCUCUCUGCCUCCUGCUGCUCUGCCUGUGCGCCACACUGCCAGUGUAGUGAAGGGGGGCUCCUUGGCAGGGGGGGGUGCAAUCGGAGGCUCUACUGUAGGGGACAGGCUGCUAGUGCUGGGGGGUGGUGCUGCCUGCUUUGCAUUUGGAUCGCGCCUCCACCAUGCCAUCCACUCUCUCCUUCACCUCAAGGCAAAGCAGCUCAAUUCUUCAGAGAACAGUCAACCCACUGCCACUCACUUAUCCCUUCUCUCUCACCUGCCGGCCCGCUGGGAGCGGCUGGGAGACAUGGUGGUGCUGCCAGCUGAUGCCAUGCUCGGGGAGGCUUGGGACAGGCUCGGACCGGAGCUCUGGCAGGUUGUUGCCAAGGCUCUUGGAGCAGCAAGAGUGGCCCGGCAGGCGCCUGUGGCACCCACAUUGACUAGAGACAGCCGGCUGCAGCUGCUGCUGGGGUCCUCCUCGUGGGUGGAGCACCGAGAGAAUGGCAUCAAGUACACAUUCGAUGCUGCCAGGUGCAUGUUCUCGUCUGGGAAUGGUACUGAGAAGCAGCGCAUGGCCGCACUCAGGCUUCAUGACCGGGAAGUGGUGGUAGAUCUUUUUGCUGGGAUUGGGUAUUUCACAAUUCCGUUGCUUGUGCAUUCCCGUGCCCGCCACGUGUUCGCCUGUGAGUGGAACCCUGCGGCUGUCCACGGCCUCCGGUCCAGUCUCGCAGCCAAUCAGGUUUCGCCAGAUCGCUACACUGUGCUGGAGGGGGAUAACAGGGUGGUUGCCCCAGUGGGGGUUGCUGAUCGGGUGCUGCUGGGCUUGAUUCCUUCGAGUGAGGCCAGCUGGAGGACUGCGAUUCGCUGCCUGAAGCCAAGGGAAGGGGGUGUUGCGCAUGUGCAUGGGAAUGCAGUUGAUGUGGAGGAGCAGCAGUGGACUGACUAUGUUGUGGGGGAGUUCGAAAAGCUGGCAAGAGAGGAGGGGAGAAGCUGGGAAGUGAAGGCAAUGCACUUGGAGCGGGUGAAAUGGUAUGCGCCACACAUUCGGCAUGUUGUUCUGGAUGUUUGCUGCAAGCCCAGCUUGGUUGAUGGUGCUGAAUAG